AUGGAAAAUUUCGUAUAUGGAGAAUUCGAUACAUCAAAUAAACCUCCACCUAUACUAGUAAAAAAUCUUAAUAAUAAUCAUAUUGUUGGAAGUGCUUCACAAAAGUACUGUCUUUUUCGUUUAUUUCCAAUAAUUUUCUCAGAUCUUGUUGAAAAACUGCAAUCUUUUAAAAUUUAUCUUGUUUUACGUGAAUUAUUGGAUAUGAUAUUAGCUUUUCCACAAAGAAAAAGUUGGUUACCUUUUAUGGAAACGUUGGCCAUCAAUUUUCAGUGCAUGAUGGACUCUUCUCAUUCACGGUUUGGACAACAAUUAGCUCAAUUUGAUCAAACGUUACUUCGAUUUUCUGAACUGAUUUAUAAUCAUAUUAUUUAUAAACAAUAUGCGGUUUAUGUUUACGAUUUACAACAUGUAGAAGAUAUUCCAUUAUUUUUUCAAAUACAUUACAUAUUCAAGUAUAAUCAACAAUGGAUAUUUAUAGUAGAUUUUCUAAAUACUGAUGGAUUCAGUACAAAAUUAUGGAGUUACAAAGUCAGCUCAUGUGAUCGUCUUGGAAUUGUUUCACCAAAUGAUUUAAAAUAUUUUCGCAAAGGACUUGAUUUGUAUGAAGUUGAUCAACUUCAUCUUGUUAAUUUGACAUCGAGAUUAACAAAACAGAAUUAA